AUGGCGCCCACGUCCAGCGAGCUCGCCAAGCGCUACUAUUGUAAUGGCUAUGGCUACUGCUACAACAGCAGGUGGUACGACUGGGGCCGAUGGGUUGUGGUCGGAGCCAUCAUUUUCUUCUGCCUUCUCAUCCUCUUGUCCUGCACCUGCGUUGCCCGUCGCCGCCGCCGUCGUGGCGCACAGCCCAUGUAUGGCACCGGAUGGAUGGCGCCCGCCGGCAAGUACGGCCAGAACGGCCACGAGAUGAACAACUACCAGACGGGCUACAACCAGCAGGGCUAUGACCAGCAGCAGUACCAGCAAGGCUGGAACCAGCAGGCCGGCUACGCCAACCCCCCUCCUGCCUACGGCCAGCAGCACCCCCAGUACACGGGCACCACCUUCAACCCCAAUGACGGCUACUACGGCCAGCAGCAGGGCCAGCAGUACGGCGUUCAACAGCCCGCCCACACGUACCAGCGCGAAGGCAACUUCUCCCCGCCCCCGGGACCGCCUCCCGGCAAGUAA